AUUCCCGUGUGAGCGUGAUUGAUCACGGCCAUUUAUCUUGUGUUCAAUCUAUUUAUAAAGCCGGGCUGAGCAGUGCUGCCCGAGGCGGGAGGCUCGGUCGGAGAGAGCGCUCGAAUGUCACAUUUCCCAGGCUUAUUUGGUCCUGCAGCUUGCAUGACGCGACUCAGCAAACAUCAGAGGUCCUCGUGGGCGCCUGUCAGCCCCCAUAGGCUAUGCUUGCUCUCUUCCCGGAAAUGUGUCUUUAAUGAGCUCAUGUCUUAAAACACUCUGUGCUCCGUGUCUGGAUCUUAGGUGCUAAGGCUGCAGUCUCUGCAGAACCGAGCAGAUUAAUGGAAUGUCCCGGAACAGGAGUCUCUACUCUGGGGAAUGCUCCUGCAGAUGGGGGGCAGCCCGAAAAACACGCCUGGUGGCCGUGCUGCCCCCAGCGUUCCCUACAUGUCCAUGCCAGAGCCCCCUACCCACUGGACUCUGGUCAGCGGGCUCCCGGGGAGGAGCCCCCACUUCUCUGAUAGCGGGGGGAGCAAGCCUCAUCCUGCCAGGGAGGGGCAUCUUGCAGUUUAGAUUUCCCUAACAAUCUGGGCCUGGACUGACAGUUCUGGGGGCUGCGUGUGGUCAGGAGAGGGAGGCCCGUCAGGUGAGGGUGCUGCUAUCCCCAAAAGCAUCCCUCCAGGGCUUGGGAUCUUUCGAGGUGGUGUUGGUGGGGACCACAAGGCCCACAGAAGUGUUCUCCUUGCUGGCCCUGGCUGCUCUCCCAGCCUCACAUGGCCGGUGCUUGGUGGUAUUUCUGGCAGAGACCCUGCCUGGGCGGAAAAUGCAGAUGCAAACCCAGAUUCCUUCUGGGUGCUUCACGACUUCCAAAAGUGCUUGCAGGAGGUCAGCUCUAGGAAGGGGCGAAUAGUCCAAGGAGGGAAGAGGACCCUGUGUGGCAGGGGCCAGGGUGUGAGGGCCAGGGCAGGCCGUGCUCCCCACCUCAGGUGCCUCUGGGAAAGCCCCCACUGUUCAUGCUUCAGCACGCUGCGUGGAGGGCAGGAGGAGCUUAGGUUUGUAUUUGCUCUCACAUGGGAGGCUUUACAAUCUCUAAACCCUGCCCUCCUUCCUCAGCCCUGAGCACAUCCCAGGUGCAUGCUUCCCAAGGAUUCCCGGGAGGCUGGGUGUGCUGACGGAUGCUGCCCACCACCGCAGAACAAAUGCUGACGGAUACGGAAGUGUCGUCCCAGGAGGGCUGCAUCCAAAAGAUCUCUGAAGACCUGAGCAGUGAGAAGCUCUGCAUGGAUGCUGGUCAGGCGGGGUCCGGCAGCUGGCUCAAGUACAUCCGGGUGGCAUGCUCCUGCGACGACCAGAACCUCACCAUGUGCCAGAUCAACGAGCAGAUUUAUUAUAAAGUCAUCAAGGACAUUGAGCCCGGGGAAGAGCUGCUGGUGCACGUGAAGGAAGGCGCAUACUCCCUGGGGACAGUGCCCCCCAGUCUGGAUGCAGAGGAGCCCACGUUCCGCUGUGACGCCUGUGACGAGCUCUUCCAGUCCAAGCUGGACCUGCGGCGCCACAGGAAGUAUGCGUGCGGCUCCGUGGGGGCCACGCUCUAUGAGGGCCUGGGCGAGGAGCUCAAGCCGGAGGGGCUCAGCAGCGGGGGCAGUGAGCAGGCCCAUGAGUGCAAGGACUGCGAACGGAUGUUCCCCAACAAAUACAGCCUGGAGCAGCACAUGGUUGUGCACACGGAGGAGCGAGAGUACAAGUGUGAUCAGUGCCCCAAGGCCUUCAACUGGAAGUCCAACCUCAUCCGACACCAGAUGUCCCACGACAGUGGCAAGCGCUUCGAAUGUGAAAACUGUGUGAAGGUGUUCACGGACCCCAGCAACCUGCAGCGGCACAUCCGUUCCCAGCACGUCGGCGCCCGGGCUCAUGCCUGCCCCGACUGUGGGAAGACAUUUGCCACAUCCUCCGGCCUCAAGCAGCACAAGCACAUCCACAGCACCGUCAAACCUUUCAUAUGUGAGGUCUGCCACAAGUCCUACACACAGUUCUCCAACCUGUGCCGACAUAAGCGGAUGCACGCCGACUGUCGCACGCAGAUCAAGUGCAAGGACUGCGGGCAGAUGUUCAGCACUACCUCCUCCCUCAACAAACACCGGCGUUUCUGUGAGGGCAAGAACCAUUACACGCCGGGCGGCAUCUUCGCCCCGGGCCUGCCCUUGACCGCCAGCCCCAUGAUGGACAAGGCCAAGCCCCCCCCAACCCUCAACCACGCCAGCCUGGGCUUCAACGAGUACUUCCCAUCCAGGCCACACCCCGGCAGCCUGCCCUUCUCGGCGGCUCCACCUGCCUUCCCCGCACUCACCCCGGGCUUCCCGGGCAUCUUCCCUCCAUCCCUGUACCCCCGGCCGCCUUUGCUACCUCCCACGCCGCUGCUCAAGAGCCCCCUGAACCACACCCAGGACGCCAAGCUCCCCAGCCCCCUGGGCAACCCGGCGCUGCCCCUCGUGUCCGCUGUCAGCAGCAGCGGCCAGGGCGCCACAGCUGCUGCGGGGCCCGACGACAAGUUUGAGCGCCGCCUGGACGACUCCUACACAGACAAGCUCAAGACGAGAGGCAGCGACAUGUCGGACGGCAGCGACUUUGAGGACGUCAACACCACAACGGGUACCGACCUGGACACGACCACCGGCACGGGCUCGGACCUGGACAGCGAUGUGGACAGCGACCGGGACAAGGCCAAGGACAAGGGCAAGGCGGUGGAGGCCAAGCCCGAGUGCGGGGGCGGCGCGGCGGCCCCGGGGGCCCCGAGCACGGCCGAGCUGCCGGUCUUCUACUCCCAGCACGCCUUCUUCCCGCCGCCCGACGAGCAGCUGCUGGCCGCCUCGGGCGCCGCGGGCGACUCCAUCAAGGCCAUCGCCUCCAUCGCCGAGAAGUACUUCGGCCCCGGCUUCGUGGGCAUGCAGGAGAAGAAGCUGGCCUCGCUGCCCUACCACUCCGUGUUCCCCUUCCAGUUCCUGCCCAACUUCCCCCCCGCCCUCUGCCCCUUCGCGGACCGCUCCCUCGCCCACAACCUCCUGGUCAAGGCCGAGCCGCGGUCACCCCGGGACGCCCUCAAGGUGGGCGGCCCCAGCGCCGAGUCCCCUUUCGACCUCACCACCAAACCAAAAGAGGCGAAGCCCGUGCUGCCCGCGCCCAAGGCGCCCCCGGCCCCGGCCUCCGGGGAGGAGCAGCCGCUGGACCUGAGCAUUGGCAGCCGCGUCCGAGCCAGCCAGAAUGGAGGGGGGCGGGAGCCCCGCAAGAACCACAUCUACGGGGAGCGCAAGCUGGGGGCCGGGGACGGGCUGCCCAAGGCAUGCCCGGCGCAGCUGCCCCAGCAGCCCUCCCUACACUACGCCAAGCCGUCGCCCUUUUUCAUGGACCCCAUUUACAGCAGGGUAGAGAAGCGGAAGGUGACCGACCCCGUGGGAGUCCUGAAGGAGAAGUAUCUGCGGCCGUCCCCACUGCUCUUCCACCCCCAGAUGUCAGCCAUCGAGACCAUGACAGACAAGCUGGAGAGUUUUGCAGCCAUGAAGGCGGAGUCGGGCAGCUCCCUGCAGCCCCUCCCCCACCACCCCUUCAACUUCCGGUCCCCACCCCCCACGCUCUCGGACCCCAUCCUCAGGAAGGGCAAGGAGCGCUACACCUGCAGGUACUGUGGCAAGAUCUUCCCCCGAUCAGCAAACCUCACGAGACACCUGAGGACGCACACUGGGGAGCAGCCAUACAGGUGUAAGUACUGCGACCGCUCCUUCAGCAUCUCCUCCAACCUCCAGCGGCACGUCCGGAACAUCCACAACAAGGAGAAGCCCUUCAGGUGCCACCUGUGCAACCGCUGCUUUGGGCAGCAGACCAACCUGGACCGGCACCUCAAGAAGCACGAGCACGAGCACGCUCCAGUGAGCCAGCACUCCGGGGUCCUCACGAACCACCUGGGGACCAGUGCCUCCUCUCCCACCUCCGAGUCAGACAACCAUGCACUUUUAGAUGAGAAAGAAGACUCUUAUUUCUCUGAAAUCAGAAACUUUAUUGCCAAUAGUGAGAUGAACCAAGCAUCAACACGAACGGACAAACGGCCGGAGGUCCAGGACCUGGACGGCAGCUCCCAGUGCCCGGGCCUAGCCAGCGGGAAGCCAGAGGACGUGGAGGAGGAGGAGGAGGAGGAACUAGAGGAGGAAGAUGAUGACAGUCUGGCAGGAAAGUCCCAGGAUGACACUGUGUCGCCCACGCCCGAGCCCCAAGGUGCCUACGAGGACGAGGAGGACGAGGAGCCGCCUGCCUCCCUGGCCGUGGGCUUUGAACACACCCGAAGGUGUAUUGAGGAGCAACCAGGCGGUCUGUUAGCUUUGGAGCCGAUGCCGACUUUUGGGAAGGGGCUGGAUCUCCGCAGAGCAGCUGAGGAAGCGUUUGGCGUUAAAGAUGUGCUUAAUCCCACCUUAGAUUCUGAGACUUUAAAGCAGACACUGUACAGGCAGGCUAAGAACCAGGCGUAUGCAAUGAUGCUGUCUCUUUCCGAGGAUGCUCCUCUCCACACCUCCUCCCAGAGCCCUCUGGACGCUUGGUUGAACAUCACGGGAGCCACGCCGGAAUCUGGAGCCUUUAACCCCAUCAACCACCUCUGACCGGCCCGGGAGGGGCUGGGGUCAGAGCCCAAGCCAGGCAACCUCAAGGGCCCCAAUGUCCCAACAGAAAUCCCGGCUGCAGAAGAUGGAGAAGUGAGCCUCGGGGAGCGGCGUGGCCUGGGCCAGAGAGACACCCCCCUGCCCCGUCACCUGCGUUGACCACUCCUUGGCGCUUGUCCCCACACAUACCACGGUUCAGCUCUAACUUUUCCCAGGAGUCCAUGAGCUGUCCUGGAGGCCCACCGUCCAAGAAUUGGUCUUAAGAACAGCCUUCCAGAAGGGUACAGCACAAGGCCGGCCACGUGCAGCUUGGGAGCUGCCUCGCGGAACCAACCCGGUGGGUGAGGGCAGGAUUUUCAUCCCAAACUGAAGGCAGUGGGCCACUUCGGGCACCAGUGUGGUGUCGCAGAGAGGAUCGGACAGACACGGGUGUGCUCUGCAAAGGGAGACCGCCCAAAUGAUUUUUUUAUAAUGAGAAUUACAAGAGUAACCCUUUUGGUAAUCUUAUUGACGACAGAGUCUAUUUAAGCAUGUGGUUUUAAAAAUAGACAGUAUUUUUUAAAAGAUCGAAAGAUGACUUGCAAAUUGUUUUUUAAAAGUAAUUUUGCAUUUGCUUCGAAAUCUCAGCUUCUUUGCAAACCCGAGCCCGCUUGGGAACUGAUACCGUGCCUGGGCGUGUUCUUUAUACUGUAGAUAACGGAGAAAUUUUCUAUCCCUGACUGUAUUUGUAAAGCCAACGUGAUUCUGGGUGGCCCCGAGCAGAACCGAGGGGCCUGGGGCCCACUCCUGUGAGCAGUUUCAAACUGUGCCAUGGAAUUCUUAGACAUGGUAUCCUGGGCUGGCCCAAGGCUGCGAGAUACGCCCGUGGCACACAUCGCAUGUGUGCGGCAUGUGAUUCAUGCCUGUGGCCCCCAGCAAGACCCCCCACCCUGAUUGUAUGGGGAAGGUGAGAGCGGUGGCUCCAGUCCCCUGUGCAGAGGUGGGGGCCAGGCACCUGACACUCCUCCGGACCAGGUCUGCCCAUCAGCUACCCCGGUGCCAGCCCCCCACGGCCGUUCUGCGGAAGGCAGGACCUGCCAGCUGCAUCCACGUCUCCAGCCACACCCUCACCCACCCCAUCUGGACAAGGGGAAGGAAGCAGGCAUCCUAUUGUGGCCACCCUGGGGUCACUCUGCAGCUCCUCUGCCCCUGGCCGCCAGGCUCUCCGCCUGUGUGAACCCCGGGCUCCAGGACACGACUGCCAGACCAGCUCCAGGACGGAAGGCCAUCCAGGCGGGACCUGCCACGGAUGCCAUCGCCUCCUCCUCCUCGGGAUGGGUCUGCUUCUCCACUCGGAUGGGCUUUAAAUUAUUCCCAUAGGGGCCAAUUUCAAAUCAUGUUUUUCCCUGAUGGAAUUUACCUUAAUCUGUAUAUAACUUGUAAUUUUUUCUAAUUCAUUUCUUUUCUUAUUUUAUUUCUUCCUUAACAGUAUUUUGGCAUUAGACAUUCUUAUUGUGAAGAAAUAAUGUUAAUAUAAGUAUGUAGUGAAGGACCAAAACCGUGUAUAAGGUUGUGUGUUGUGUGAUCGAUAACCAGGGAGUGGGGAGGUUUUUAAUGUGCCAAAUACCCCCGCGCCCCCGGACGGAUCCUGCUGCCCAUCUCCAGACAAUCACGUGUUUUUGUUAAAUUAGAGUUUCAGUUACAUUUGCAUUUAAGACAAGUGUUCUAUUUAUUUGUUUUAUUGUUUGGAAGGAAAAAAAAAAAAAAGAAUAGCGUCCCAACAGGAAGAGAAAAAGAUCCUCCAAGGUGCCCUUAGAAAAGAAUGUAGAUGCAAGCGAUAGGGGCGCGGGCCGCCUGGGGAUGGGGCUCUGGCGGUGCGUGGGUCCUGGGCGCUGGCCCAGGGGCAGCAGGCCGGUCAGAGCAGCCGUGUCCCCGUUUCCCCGCUGCUCCAGGCCAGCGACAAUCGUGUGCUUCCGCGUGGGGGGAGCGGCCAAGGGCGCCACGCCACUCCGGCGCACCUGCAGGCUGGCAGGGCGUCCUGGGCAAGGAAGAGCACGUGCACCCCUGUGGGCAAGGCUCUGCAAACACAGCCCCUCACCUCCUCACCUGCAUCCAUCUCCACCGCCAGGCUCGCCGGGCGCUGCGUGGGAUUUCCAUAUUCCCCUCCAUCCAGACGGGACCCCUUUGCAGAGUCAACCUCAGAUGCAACUGCCCAUUUCUGUAAACUCAAAUUAUAUUUCUUCUGCUAAAGAAUAAGGUGUGUGCUUUUUUGUGUGACAUUACUCUCUCUGCCUAAAAUAGGAAGUUCGGCCGGGUGGAGACCCAAGUGGCUGAUUCCUGUGGCCCCAGAGCAGAUCAGGGGCUGGGCCGCCGCCUCCAGGCUGCCCUACGGGCUGCGGCAUUCUAUCCGCUUCAGCUGGCCCUGGCCGGAGUCUUCUCUGCCCUCCUUCCCCCUGCACAUCUUCAGCCCUCGCUUUUGUUCCCCCUGCAAACAAUUAGAGCUAGCCCCAUUUCUCUGAGACACUCAACCCUGGGGCCCAAGCACUGAUAGGUUUGGGCGGGGGGGUCUGUCCUUGGACCCCUGACAAGGGAGUUUCCUCCCCACCCUGGUGUCUCCCCCCACCCCAGACCACAGCGAGCUGCCUCCCUGCUCUGUACCCAGGCCGCAGCACUAGCAUGGACCAUGGGGCCAGGGGGCUGGGUGGCCAGGAUGCUGAGACCCCAGCCUCGGAACCUGGCUACAGCAGGCCCCCCAGCAGGCUGACCACCAUGUCCACAGUUGGUGGCCAGGGUCAGGCCUGUGAACCUGGGGCCCUGCCGUCUAGCAUCAACGGCAUUCCUCCUUUGGAUGGUUGACAUCCCCAAAUGGAAGCUCAAAAGGAAGAUUCCUUGCUCUCCCCUCCACCGCCCCUCAGACCCUGGCCCCAGGCGGGCCGACACCAGCCCCCAGCCACUGCUCUCAUUCCUGAGACAACCGGGUAGGAUACACAGAGCUGCCGAUCCUUUGGCCAACCGGACCCUUCAGGAGUGAGACCCAGGGACCCCCUGUUUUGAACCCAGGGUGCAUGUGCCUGCAGCCCACCUGGGACCCUGGGUGUGGGUCCAUGGACCAGGUGAGCCCGCAUGGCCGUCCUGUCCAAGGCAGGAGCGCAGUCGGUCUGUCCAGACCCUGACUAGCCCAGCCCCUCUGUGGCCCGAGCAUGGCCCUGGAAACUCCCAGGGCCCUCGGCCUUCUCUGUCCUAGCUGCUUCUUCAGUGAGCAUUCACAAAGCACUUGCCCAAAUACAUAUCACCCGUUGGUAGGCUUGAAGCCUCGAAGCACUGGAUCGUGGUCCCCCUGCCCUGUCCCCAUGCCCCUCGUCCCCAUGCCCAAUGACUGAAAUCUACUGAGCUGUAUUCACUGUGCUGUCCGGGGGGAGAGGUGAGGGGGCAACGCUACCCAGGAGAGCCAGGCACCUUUGCGCCCCUCCCGGCUGGGGUCGCAAGGCCGCGGCCGCUCCUGGUCGGUGGAGGUCAGCCGGGUAUCAGAAGCCAUGAACCUGUCUCCGCAGCAGCAGCAGCAGCGAGUGAUACUGUGACAAGACAUUCCUGCGUGAUUCCAGGAGCUUCCCUCUCCUCUUUGCAUUCCAGUUUGUUACGUUCUUCCUCUCUGUCACUGAUUCAGAUUACCGCUUUUGGAAAAAAAUGAAAUAAAACUAAAAGGCAGCUUGAGUUUUCCAAACGUGCAAUUCACUUGUGAGCAAAGAAAUUCCGGAGGUUUCUAUCGGUGUGUUUUAUAUCGUUCAUGUUCCCGCGGUGAGGGAAGCUGAGCCCCGGUGUCGGAGCGCAUCACGCGGAGCAUACGUGUGUGUGUGUGUGUGUGUGUGUGUGUGUACCUGCUGGCAAGAACCCCGUACCUGCGCGUCCACAUCUCUCUCUUGCCAUUGUUCUAGUACAGACUUGGUUCCGUUUGUUUUCGUUGUUUGGGUUUGUUUGGGUUUUUUUUCUUUUAGAACUGUAUAGUGUUGAAAAAGAAAUCAAAUGUAAAUGUCAGGUUUUCAUAUAAUGUUUAAAAAAAAAAAACCAUUGAGAAGGAGGCCGGUGUAUGUCCUAUGUCCCCCUGAUUGUAAAUUGCUUCUGUUAUAAGUAAACUGUGCAUGACUCGUGUUUAGCGGUCAUUAUUGUGUCUGUUUGUGAAAUUUUUAUGAAAAGGAAAAUUCGGUAGAUGCACUUGUUGAAUAUGUGAUUAGGGUCUACGUCCUCCAGACUAGGAGCUCGGAACUGCUAGCGCGAAAGAAGCGCAGCUCGUAAGCAACGUGGAAACGGCUGACAGAGAAGGAUGACGUACAAGCCACCCCAUGUCGGGAAUCAUCAGAUUGAUUCUGCAGAUCUCAUUUUGAUGCUUGUGAUAAAGACAGAUGUACUUGUGUAGAGAAGCAUCUUUAAGAUGAAGCCUAGGAGCAGCUGAUUCGAGGUUAAUGCUGUAGAAUAGGACUGUACACCAAAUGUAAUCUUUCCAAUGCGACAAUGAAUUUAUACAUGAGAUUGAUAUGCAAUAAAUCCGUGUGCUUUUCUCA